AGGGCGGUGGGGGGCGGCGAGCACAGUCAGAGCGGAGUCGGAGACGGAGCAGCAGACGGCCGGGAGCAGAGAGGGAGGCGUGCAGGCCGAGCCGCGCUCGCUGCCCCCCAGCAGCCCGGUCCUGCAGCCCAGGGGCCCCCCACCCAGGACAGGGUCACCUUGCGCGCGGACGGCUGAGGGCGCGAGGGGGAGGGGCUAAGGUGUGACUGACCUGGACUGUGAGUCUUUCGCUGUCUUUUUACAAGGACAAGACAUGAGGAAGCAGAGUGACAAAAGCCAACAGUUCAGUCCAUCACAGCAUGCAGAGAGCACUCAAAUAGCAUUUCCCUGGAUGGACUGCAGUUCAUUUGCCAUCAUGUGCCUCCCAUUUCCUCAUCUUUUUCUACAGUGAGUGCUAUUGUGAGCUCAACUCACUGACAAGUCCACCUUGGUAUCCAUUUUUCAACUGUAUUGAUUUUUUAAAACAAAAAAUAUGGAUUUCUUAAACUCUUCUGAUCAAAACUUGACCUCAGAGGAACUGUUAAACAGAAUGCCAUCCAAAAUCCUGGUGUCCCUCACUCUUUCGGGGCUGGCACUGAUGACAACGACCAUCAAUUCCCUCGUCAUUGCUGCAAUAGUUGUGACCAGAAAGCUGCACCACCCAGCCAAUUAUUUAAUUUGCUCCUUGGCGGUCACAGAUUUCCUUGUAGCUGUGCUGGUGAUGCCUUUCAGCAUUGUGUAUAUUGUGCGAGAGAGCUGGAUCAUGGGGCAAGUUGUCUGUGACAUUUGGCUGAGUGUUGAUAUUAUCUGUUGUACCUGUUCCAUCUUGCAUCUCUCAGCUAUAGCUUUGGAUCGCUAUCGAGCCAUCACAGAUGCUGUUGAGUAUGCCAGGAAAAGGACUCCCAAGCAAGCUGGCAUUAUGAUUACGGUAGUUUGGAUUAUAUCUGUUUUUAUAUCUAUGCCGCCUCUGUUCUGGAGACACCAAGGACCCAGCCGAGAUGAUGAGUGCAUCAUCAAGCAUGACCAUAUUGUUUCUACCAUUUACUCAACAUUUGGAGCAUUUUAUAUUCCACUUGUGCUGAUCUUGAUCCUUUACUACAAAAUCUAUAGAGCAGCAAAAACAUUAUACCACAAAAGACAAGCAAGUAGAAUUGCAAAGGAGGAGCUGAAUGGCCAAGUCCUUUUGGAGAGUGGUGAGAAAAGCAUUAAAAUGGUUUCCACACCCUACAUGCUGGAAAAAUCUCUAUCUGACCCAUCAACAGACUUUGAUAAAAUUCAUAACACAGUGAAAAGUCCCAGGUCUGAAUUCAGGCAUGAGAAAUCUUGGAGAAGGCAAAAGAUCUCAGGUACAAGAGAACGCAAAGCAGCCACCACCCUGGGAUUCAUCUUGGGUGCAUUUGUAAUAUGCUGGCUUCCUUUUUUUGUAAAAGAAUUGGUUGUUAAUGUCUGUGAAAAAUGUAAAAUUUCUGAAGAGAUGUCAAACUUUUUAACAUGGCUUGGUUAUCUCAAUUCCCUUAUAAAUCCACUGAUUUAUACAAUCUUUAACGAAGAUUUCAAGAAAGCAUUCCAAAAACUUGUGCGAUGUCGAUAUUAAUUUAAACAAAGUUUAUUAUUAAAGGAUAAAGUUUUUCUAUGAAGGAGAGUAACAGAAUGAAUAUUAACUAGUAAAAUAUCUACACAAUUAGAGGAACUAUACUAUAACUGCUAAAAUGGAUGAGAUGAUAACACAAUUUAUAUUUUAAUAAUACUAUGAACAUACAAUGUAUUCAUUUUAUCAUCCUAGGAAACUCAAAAUUAGAAAACAUUAUGUGGAGAUUAAAAAUAAUAUUUAGCCUAUGUGGUGUACUGAAAAAGUUGACUGAUAAUGAUUUUCUAGAUUUAUAUGUUACAACAAUUAAGGGGAAUUUUCCAUUAACAGCACACUUCUAUCUAUAAUUUCUACAUCUCUACUAUUUUAUUAUGUAAUUCUUUUAUUUUAUAGAAAAUAUACACUUCCUCACAAGGCCAGCACUUCUCCUACUCAACCAUUCUUACCUUCUCCAUCUUACCACAUAAUACAUGGAGAAGGAGGAGACAACAACUCUUGCUUACUGUGAAUGGAGUAAAUAUAAAGGUCAGACACAUUGCUAUUGUCUUUGUGUUUUGGUAGUAAAGAAUUAUUAUAAAGUGGGUGAGCCAUGGAAAAAUAAUUCUAGAUACUAAGCUUGUGUAUAUUCAAUAUAUCUGCGUGUUUAAUGUAAUAGCUGAAAAUGUUAGCAACAUCCCAUAAAUAUUCAAAAUCAAAGUCUUACCCUAGAGGUAGUAUGGGGAGGAGUUGUUAUUAUUACCCCUUGUUUACUUAGGAGUCAGUUUGAAGGCAUUAAAUGCCG